AUGGAUGAAGAACAGUUCCAACCACUUUUGGAAGAAAUAACUCGACUGUUAGGACAUACCGCGGAAGGAAGACCCGGGGCUCAGGAGGCGAAUUACAUAUUUUUGAGCGAGUUAAAAGGGAACACGGCAAUGUUUGUUGCUGUAACAUUACUAGACACAUUACAAGAAGCAAUCUCCACAGCGAGACAAGUAGAAUCCGGCAAAUACUACAGGAGGCAAACACCUGGAAAACAACAGCACAAAAAACUAGAGGAUGAACUGAGUAAUAUCGCAAAAAGGAUACAAGAAAUCACCUUGAAUUACGUAGCGACAAGACCAACCACUGAUAGCGGAGACCAACAGUCCGCUACUAGACCAAGAAGGAAUGACAAAUACUUCCAAUGCGGAAAGGAUGACGACUACGAAAUCGAAGAAUAUAAUGAGGUAUAUAAUACCAACAUAACCCGAAAAAUAGGAAGACCACUCAAGAGGAGAAUAGAACACUUAGACGAUGGUGAACAAAGAGCCAGAAAAAAACCAGACAGGAUAUCUCCAACAGAAGAAGCUAUAGAAGUACCGAUUUCCCACCAUAGUACAGAGUCCCUCUUGGAACCUGAGAGUGAUCAGGAAAGUGCAGAGACUGACUUAUUUGAUGAAUUCAAAUACGAGGAAGAAAAAGAAGAAAUUAAAAGUCUGGCAAUAUACCUCACUAAUGUAGAGGAGGUUCCUAUGCUAGAAGGGGAAAAAGAAUCUGAAUUGACCACGAAGGAACGAAUCGAAAGUCUAAUAGAGAAAAAUACUGAGCUCGGAGAAGAGGACAAGGGCGAC